GUCAUCGCGCCAAAGCGGCAACCUCGCUCUCAUUCGGCAGACAGGGGCGCCUCCACAGAACGGUCAAUACUAUUUGUGGUAAGAUGCAACGACGUCAGGCUCGCCUAUGUCAAUGGCGUUUCCCAGCUCCCACCAAAUUCAAUUUCCAAUGCACAUCCCGUUGGGUCCCGUUGUGGAGACCAAGAUUGGUCAAAUCUCCCCAGCACGCGCUACGUCACGGGUUGCACGGUACCUGCAUUCUGCGCAAUGGUCCUUGCUUCUGACCUCCAAUCGACGGACCGGGACACUAGCAGCUCUCGCCUGCCCCAAGGCUUACUGGAACCCUGUCCAUGCGCGCUCCUCCAAGAGGCUCCACGGCCGACAACGGGAAGCUUGCGGCAUUGA